UGUAGUUGAUGAUUGGUAUAAAGCUGUAUUAGAAUUAUCAAAAAAGAAUCCUGGUGAAGUUAAAUAUUCUAUUGAGAAGAAAAUGUUUUUGGUUAUUAAUGGACGAUGUGGGGAUAGACACAUACCUUUAAUUAAUAAUUUUGGAGGAAGUGGAGGAGGUAAUUCAGGUAGUAACAAUCCCAGAUCAAAUUUAGGUUCUGGAAAUACAUCUGGUAAUCCUGGUUCAAAUACAGGUCAAGGAGGUAAUCCAACUGGUGGAAAUACAAGAGGUUUAGAAAAUAGUACAGGAUCUAAUCUAAAUAAAUCAG